GAGACGCCACACGCGUGUUUGCCUUCACACCGGGACCACCGCGAGCAUGGGAGCCACCGCGGGCGCCUCGUCAUUUUUUAGAAGUUUGAUUCCAACUUUGGAGCUCAUUUAUUCUAUUCGCGCGGUCAACAUGUUGCACUUCUCCAAUCAUUAGGCACCUGACAGGGCGCGUUGAGUCCAGAACUCGUAUUCCUCCCCCCGGUGAUGGAAUGAAGACGAAGGCUAUGAUGGAUGAGAAGUCCAGCAAGCUGAUCCUGGUUCCUAUCCUGGCCGUGCUUUUUGUCACCAUAGGUUACCAGUACAUAUGUCCCGCCGGAAGCCGUUCGUGCCCCCUGAAAGCCGGCGACGCGCAGCGGGGGGUGAGCCUGCUCACCGCUCGCUACCUCCAGGACGCGGACGACUUCGACCGGGACCAGGACCUGGAGGACGACGCGCCACCGAGGGCGCCGUUCAAAUUCAACUUCACCGAGAGGGACUUGGACCGACGCGUCGGGUUCCACGUCGAGGGGGACGACGUGAUCGUCUUCCUGCACAUCCAGAAGACGGGCGGCACCACCUUCGGCCGGCACCUGGUGAGGAAUAUCCGCUUGGAGCAGCCGUGCGACUGCAAGCCCGGCCAGAAGAAGUGCACCUGUCACCGGCCCGGGAAGGACGAGUCGUGGCUCUUCUCCCGCUUCUCGACCGGGUGGAGCUGCGGAUUGCAUGCGGACUGGACCGAGCUGACCAACUGCGUGCCCGUCAUCAUGGAUAAGAAGGACGUCCAGAGAAACACCAGGAACUUCUACUACAUCACCAUGCUGCGUGACCCGGUCUCCCGCUACCUGAGCGAGUGGAAGCAUGUCCAGCGCGGCGCCACGUGGAAGACCGCUCUGCACAUGUGCGACGGGCGCUCGCCCACCCAAGACGAGCUGCCCACCUGCUACAGCGGGGAGGACUGGUCCGGCGUGGCCCUGACGGAGUUCAUGAACUGCCCGUCCAACCUGGCCAACAACCGGCAGGUGCGCAUGCUGUCCGACCUGAGCCUGGUGGGCUGCUACAACCUGUCGUCCAUGAACGAGAGCCAGCGCGACCACAUCCUCCUGAGCAGCGCCAUGAGCAACCUAAAGAACAUGGCCUUCUACGGCCUGACCGAGUUCCAGCGCAAAACGCAGUACCUGUUCGAGCGGACGUUCAGCCUGCGCUUCAUCUCGCCCUUCACGCAGAUCAACAGCACGCGCGCCGCCAACGUGGACCUGAGCGAGGGCGUGCGCCGGCGCAUCGAGGAGCUCAACUUCCUGGACGUGCAGCUGUACGACUACGCCAAGGACCUCUUCCUGCAGCGUUUCCAGUCCAGCCGCCAGAGGGAGCACCAGGAGGUGCGCUUGAGGAGGCGCGAGGAGAGGCGAUGGAUGCGCGAGCGGCAGGCCUGGCCGCGGUCGGCCAAGCGCAGGGGCGGAGCUUACAAAAGCGAGCUGGCGAAAGAGGCCGACAGCGACUUUCCGAGCACCACCGAGGACUACACGAGCCAAGUGGCUCACUGGUGAUGCCAUGAAGAAGCGGUCUGACUCACACAUGAUCACAUUAUGAUAUUCUCAUCUGUUCCUCAGCUUCUAGUGUGCAGUCGUCUUACUUUGCAAAACUGCCUCCAGGUGCCCUUUGGUGUCUUAACGUCCUCUAAUGCUCUCCGUGCAUUUCCAUCAUGUCAUCGCUGCCUUGGUUAUUUUUAAGACGAUAUUUCAAAGGACAAAACAAAAAGUGAUGAAUGUCUUCAAAUAGCACUUAAGCUAUACUAUAUUGCCAAAAGUAUUUGGCCACCUGCCUUGACUCACAUAUGAACUUGAAUUGCCAUCCUAUUCCUAACCCAUAGGGUUCAAUGUGAUGUCGGUAUAUUACAGCUUUAACUCUUCUGGGAAGGCUGUCCACAAGGUCGCGUAGUGUGUUUCUAGGAAUUUUCCACCAUUCUUCCAAAAGCGCAUUGGUGAGGUCACACACCGAGAAGGCCUGGCUCUCAGUCUCUGUUCUAAUUCAUCUCAAAGGUGUUCUAUCGGGUUCAGGUCAGGACUCUGUGCAGGCCAGUCAAGUGCAUCCACACCAGACUCUGUCAUCCAUGUCUUUAUGGACCUUGCUUUGUGCACUGGUGCACAGUCAUGUUGGAAGAGGAAGGGGCCCGCUCCAAACUGUUCCCACAAGGUUGUGAGCAUGGAAUUGUCCAAAAUGUUUUGGUAUCAUGGAGCAUUCAAAGUUCCUUUCACUGGAACCAAGGGGCCAAAUGAUUAGGACACCUGAUUCUGAUCAUUUAGAUGGGUGGCCAAAUAUUGGCAAUAUAGUGUAUUUGAAGCUGUAGAUGUCGAAGGUUGCAUGCCAUCAUGUUCACACUUAUACAGAUAAGUCAAGAAGAAUGAGACUUUUUUUAUUUAUGUAUUUAUUUAUUUAUUUAACGCCAGUGUCACCUGUUUCUUGGUGCAUGAAAACUGACUUUUACAAUGUUUGAGUUGCGAUGCACUGUUUUUCUUUCACGAGUCCUUGCAAAACUUCUGCUAUACAGCCGAACCUUCAAAGUCAAACACCAAACAACGACGACAAACACAUUUUUGAAGAAUAUUUGCACCGCAACACAACAUAAACACUAUGGAACAAAUUCCCAGAAUUCCCUGCAGCACUAACUCUUCCGGGACACUACAAUUUAAACAAACGCCAUUAGUGGAUCUACACCUAACAUCCACUGUAAUGAUACCACAUACUAUAGCGUAUCUAGUCGAUACUACUUUGAUUAUAUCGAUAUUUUUUAACAUCACAAAAUAUUAUUUCGUUUUUUUAAAUUUAUAUUAUGUUUAUAAACUCAGGAAAUAUGUCCCUGGACACAUGAGGACUUUGAAUAUGACCAAUGUAUGAUCCUGUAACGACUUGGUAUCGGUUUGAUACCCAAAAUUGGGGUAUCAUCCAAAACUAAUGUAAAGUAUCAAACAACAGAAGAUUAAGUGAUUAUUACAUUUUAACAGAAGUGUAGAUAGAACAUGUAUAUUUUGACAAAAUAAUAGAAUGAUAAAUGACACAAUAUGUUACUUCAUAUGUCAGCAGACUAAUUAGGAGUCUUUGUUUGUUUACUUACUACUAAAAAACAGGUUGUCUUGUAUGUUCACUAUUUUAUUUAAGGACAAACUUGCAAUAUGAAACAUAUGUUUAAAGUACCCUAAGAUAUUUUGUUAAAAUAAAGCCAAUAAUGCAAUUUUUGUGGUGCCCUUUAUUUAAAAAAAGUACCGAAAAGUAUCAAAAUAAUUUUUGGUAUCGGUACCGGUACCAAAAUAUUGGUAUCGGGACACCAAUAGUAUGUGUGUAUAAAUAUCUAGACCUGAAAAUAAGAUGACUUCUGGGGUGAGGGGAACGCUUCUCUUAUGUUUGGGUCAUUAUAUUGAUGGUUUGUAUGUGGUAGUUUAUUAAAAAAACAAAAACAUAAAUUCACUGUUCUUUGCGAACAAACCUGUUCCUGGGAGGUGGGUCUCUUCACAUAAGGCCUAUGAACACAGCUCACCUUAUAUACCCUUCAGCCACGUUGCCACACUUUCAUUUCCUGUUCUAUGGCUAGCAUCACUUGCUUUUGCCAUCACUGAUACCUUUCCGUAUUGGCAACAUUAUAUUAUUUUUUUUUCCAAAUAUUUUUAUUGAAUUUUGCAGACAGUUUCAGGUAUCUGCACAUUUUACAAUAUGUAACAUAAUAAACACAACCCUUACAAUACCCACCCACUCAAUUCCCAAGGUAAUUGUCCCCUAGUGCCCAUAACAGAUGAAUAUAUGCAAACAUAGAUUCAAUCUAACGAAAUAUAUUAAAGAUAACUAAAUGAAUAGAUAACGUAAAAUAAAUAUUACAUAAGAUAUACAAUAAAAUAUAACGUCAAAGUAAAUAAACACAAGGAAUGGGGGUCAGGGGGCUUCAGCGGUCAGCUCUGUCUAAAUUGCAUUACUCGAAUCGCUUGGGGUAAUGUCAAGCUUGUCCCUAAUAAGGUCUAAGAGGGGACCCCAAGUGUUAUGGAAAGAUGACACAGAUCCUUUCUGCAAGAACCGAAGCUUCUCUAAUUGUAGACACCGGCAACAUUUUUCAACAAGCCAAAAUAAGGCAAAAAGUGUUAAAAUACAUAAAACGUAGAGAUGUCCGGACGGCGUGGCGAAGUUGGUAGAGUGGCUGUGCCAGCAAUCGGAGUGUUGCUGGUUACUGGGGUUCGAUUCCCACCUUCUACUUCUACUACUACUAAAUGUAAUAUCGGAAAUUAUCGGUAUCGGUUUCAAAAUGAUCGGUAUCGGUUUAAAAAAGUAAAAUUUAUGACUUUUUAAAACGCCGCUGUGCACACGGACGUAGGGAGAAGUACAGAGUGCCAAUAAACCUUAAAGGCACUGCUUUUGCAUGCCAGCCCAGUCACAUAAUAUCUACGGCUUUUCACACACACGUGAAUGCAAGCCAUACUUGGUCAACGGCCAUACAGGUCACACUAAGGGUAGCCGUAUAAACAACUUUAACACUGUUACAAAUACGCGCCACACUGUGAACCCACACCAAACAAGAAUGACAAACACAUUUCGGGAGAACAUCCACACCGUAACACAACAUAAACACAACAGAACAAAUACCCAGAACCCCUUGCAGCACUAACUCUUCCGGGACGCUACAAUAUACACCCCCGCCUCAACCCCGCCCACCUCAACCUCCUCAUGCUCUCUCAGGGAGAGCAUGUCCCAAAUUCCAAGCUGCUGUUUUGAGGCAUGUUAAAAAAAAUAAUGCACUUUGUGACUUCAAUAAUAAAUAUGGCAGUGCCAUGUUGGCAUUUUUUUCCAUAACUUGAGUUGAUUUAUUUUGGAAAACCUUGUUACAUUGUUUAAUGCAUCCAGCGGGGCAUCACAACAAAAUUAGGCAUAAUAAUGUGUUAAUUCCACGACUGUAUAUAUCGGUAUCGGUUGAUAUCGGUAUCGGUAAUUAAGAGUUGGACAAUAUCGGAUAUCGGCAAAAAAAGCCAUUAUCGGGAAUCUCUAAUAAAAUGUUUGUUUUUUUCUGGAAAAUGACGGCCGUAAUCCAAAUUCUAUGGCGAGCGGUUUGACUUUAGAGGUUUCACUGUGUUUUUAAGCAAGAUAUGUCAACGUUGCAGAGAAAAAUGACAAACAAGCAGCUGCUGCAUGAAGAAGCGUCGACUAUAAAAAUGUCGACCGUAUGUCAUUUUUUCCCCCCCUCAGAUAUCAUCAGUGUGACAACACGUGGAGAUGAAAAGGCCGUUUUUUAUUUUUCAUCUUUUCCGGGUGCUUUUAUGCCUCUUAUCUCACGGUCUCUGCGAGGCCACCCGCCGCUUAUCACGUUCACUAAUUGUCAGCACUGAAGUGUUUUGUUUUUUGUUGUUGUGAUCUUUUGAUGACAGUUACGAAAUACCUCAAUGCCUUUUCGUUCUCCAUCUGUAAGAAUAUGUUUGUAACUGUGAAUGUGUUUGAAAAGCACGUGUUGAAUGCUGGGGGUUGUCGGAUGAGAGGAACUUUACAUUGACCUGUAAUCCUAACAGUGCAGAAUUGCAUCAUUUAUCAAAGUGACCUGACAUCUUCUGGUUGAAAAAAAAAAAAAAAAAAAGGUAUUAAAGAGGAUAUUUGAAUUGAUGCUGAAGAUUGAACAGAAUGCUGUGUGACAAGCAGCAGGAGUGAGAGUAUGACAGAUGGCAUAAGCACCAUAUGAGCAGUAUGUGUGCUAUAUAAUUAUUAUAUAUUAUCUGCUACCACACGGAUACUUACAGUAUAGCCACCACUCGAAUUAGGUUUUUCGCUAUUGCGAUUAGUAUGGGACUUGCUUAUUGCAUUAUGUCAAAGCCUUUGAAUUGUGUGUGUAUUACUGACAAUAUCAAUAUCCUCUUCAUAGUCCACAAACUAGGGAUGGGCAUUUGACUACUGUACUUUUCUUCGACUUGUUAUUUCCCAAACACAUUUAAAAUAAAUAAAUUGUAUUCUAUUUUUUUUUUUUUUAUUUCUACACCAUUAUUAUUGUUAACAAUCCGCCCGAAAGGAACGAGCGGUAGAAAAUGGAUGAUAGCUUUUUAAUAUUUUAUUUUCACACCAUUAUUAUUGUUAACAAUGAUAGUGUUUUAUUUUAUUCCACACCAAAGGUGUCAAACUCAUUUUAGAUCGGCGGCCCACAUGGAGAAAAAUCUACUCCCGAGUGGGAAAUCACGGAACGAUAACUUAAAAAUAAAGACAACUUCAGAUGGUUUUCUUUGUUUAAAAAUAGAACAAGGACAUUCUGUAAUUUGUAAUUAAACAGAGGACUGGGAUAACAGUAUUUUACUGUGAAAAGACAGUUAAUUGAUGUAAAAUAUGAGGUCAUAAUUUUUUGUCAUUUGUUGUACAUUUUGAUUACAAUAUUUUACUGUGAAUAAAUGCGAUUAAAUGGUGUGAAAUACUCGUAAUUUUUUUUACAGUGUACA